CUCGGACACGGCCUCGGCCACCACGCGCACGCCUCGCAGUUCGCGCCCACCGUGGCCGAGGCCGUGGCCGCCAUGCACCACGGUGACUCCAGGGCGGUGCUCGCCCGGUACAGCCAGCGGGGGGCAUACGGUGAUGCGACGUCGCUGUACCCGGGCCACUACCAGGCUCAACAGGAGGUGCCCCAGUACCACCACCACCCGCCGCACCAAGUCCACCAGCACGACCGGGGCAAGCCGACGCCAACGCCGCCGUACCCCUGUGCAUAUUCGCAGUACGCGAGCUCGGGCGGUGACGCGUACCGCGGUGGCGUCUACCUGGGCAGUGACUCCCCCCACGGCACCGCGCACGGCGCCGCACACGCCGGCUUCGUGAUGCACAGCAACACCCUGGCCGAGCACCACGCCGCGACGACGCCCUACCCUCAGGUCCACGGCGUCCACGCGCCGCACUCCGCGCACGCCGUCCACGCCGUCCACCACGCCAUGAACGGGGGCUUCCCCCAGGUGGCCUCGCAGACGACGCCGUCGUCCUCGUCGGCGUCCGGGACGCAGGACCCUCAGCCCUACCCGUACCAGUCGUCGUACUGCGGGCCACCCAUGCAAAAGUACUGACGGACAGAGUCCACCGACCGAUCAUCACAUCGGGUGAUCAAGUCUCUCGAUCGCCGUCGCCCCGUUCCCGUCCCUCUUUAUCUUCAGUUUAUGUCGACCUGAUGAGUCACCCGUUUUCAGCUGUUUUGUAAAUAAAAAUACUUGUUGUUUUGUUUUUUAA